CAGUGUAAAUGCGAGGAGUAGGAGGAGUGUGUGUAUUUCUUGUGGUCGUUUAAUGGAAUACGAAACAAAUUGACUCUUUUCGGGGACAUAUACGUCGGUUCAGCGGCUUCGCUGUGACUCGAGUCAAACAUGGAUUUACCCACCGCGCCCGAAGAUCAAGAGCUGAGGAAUGUCAUUGACAAACUGGCCCAGUUUGUCGCUCGGAAUGGGCCUGAGUUUGAAAAGAUGACGAUGGAGAAGCAGAAGGACAACCCCAAGUUCUCCUUUCUGUUUGGGGGAGAAUACUUCAGCUACUACAAGUGCAAGCUGGCCAUGGCGCAACAGCAGCAUCCCUCUACCCACGAUGGGGAGGAAUAUAAAUCUGAAGAUAUGUAUAAUCCAGGCACUAAUGAGGUGGUCGACAUCCCUCCUCUGCCCAUGCCGAUGAUUGCUCCACCAUCCAUUCCUCCACCUGCCGCUCCCUCCAUCGACGAGCUCAUCCAGCAGAGUCAGUGGAAUCUGCAGCAGCAGGAACAGCAUCUGCACUCACUCAGACAGGAACAAGUGACGGCAGCGAUCGCUCUGGCGAUGGAGCAGCAGACACAAAAGGUGCUGCUGGAAACUCAUCUGGACAUCACAGAGUUUGACAACCUGCUGCAGCCCAUCAUAGACACGUGCACCAAAGACGCCAUCUCUGCUGGGAAAAACUGGAUGUUCACCAACGCCAAGGGCGCGCAACACUGCGACGUGAUGACAUCACAUCUCCGCAACCGCAUCACCGCGGAUGGGGCACAUUUUGAGCUCCGCCUCCAUCUCAUCUAUCUGACCAAUGAUGUUCUCCAUCACUGCCAGAGGAAGCAGCAGAAGGAUUUGUUGGCAGCCAUACAGAAAGUGGUGGUUCCCAUCUACUGCACCAGCUUCCUGGCUGUGGAGGAAGAGAAGCAGCAGAAGAUCACACGGUUGCUGCAGUUGUGGGAGAAGAACGGUUACUUUGACGACGAGACAAUCCAGCAGCUCCAGAAUCCAGCACUGGGCCUCGGCCAGUAUCACGCGUCUCUCAUCACAGAGUACGCUGCGGUAGUGCAGCCGAUCCAGCUCGCCUUCCAGCAGCAGAUCCAGACUUUGAAGACCCAGCACGACGAGUUUGUCGCCAGCCUGAAGCAGCAGCAUCAGCCGCAGCCGCAGCCGCAGCCGCAGCAGCAGCAGCAGCAGCAGCCUCAGCCUCAGCCUGUCCCUGUACCACAGUUAGCUGCUCCCAGUGAGCCUGAGAAACCUCCCCCUAUGACCACACAAGCUGGGGAUGUGAAGCCCGCCAUGUCAGGUCCUCCAUCAGGGGAGUUUGAUGGCGCUUCCUCCAGACCACAGGAGCCCGGCAACACCAGUGGACCCUCAGAUAUCCCCCCCAACAAGCCUGCAUGGUAUGACCCCCAGCACAUGGGCCAGUGGAACCCCAAUCAGCCGCCUCCUUUCGAUCCUAACCAACCUCCCCCUCCCUGCCCGCCAUGGAACAGUCACGAGGGCAUGUGGAACGACCAGAGGGACCCAGGGAACUGGAGCGGAGGUCCACCCAGAGAAGGGGGGCCCUGGAGCGGACCAGGUGGCUCUGAACCAGGUCCUUGGAACUCAUUUGACCAGCAGCCACCUUGGGGGAACCAGCCUGACCAGCCUCCCUGGGGCCAGAGAGAGCCGCCGUUUCCUCCACGCAUGCAGAGACCUCCCCAUUUCAGAGGCCCCUUCCCUCCCCACCAGCAGCCUCCGCCUUUCAACCAGCCUCCUCCACCACCACAUAACUUUGGACGCUUCCCUCCGCGCUUCAUGCAGGAGGACUUCCCUCCCAGACACCACUUCGACAGGCCGCCGUACACCCCGCACCGCUUUGACUUCCCUCAGGGAGAAUUUCCCGGAGAAAUGCCAGGUCCUCCUCCUCCCCACCACCAUCCCAACCAGAGGAUCCCGCCGCCCGGCAUGGGGGCAGAACAUCCUCCUUGGGGCGGAGGCCAGCACCAAGAUUUUGGCCCACCCCCACCGGGCUUUAACGGCCACUCGCCUCACGUGCGUCAUCGACCGCAGCCUCCGGCCCAGGACGACCCGAGUCUGGUGCCAAACGUCCCGUACUUUGAUCUGCCAGCCGGUCUCAUGGCCCCACUGGUCAAACUCGAGGACUACGAUUACAAACCUCUGGACCCUAAAGACAUCAGACUGCCUCCUCCCAUGCCUCCCAGUGAUCGGCUGCUCGCUGCUGUCGAAGCUUUUUACAGCCCUCCAUCCCAUGAUCGGCCUCGGAACAGUGAAGGCUGGGAGCAGAACGGCCUGUACGAGUUCUUCAGAGCCAAGAUGAGAGCCAGGAGGAAAAAAGACCAGGAGAAACGUAACAGUGCUCGUGGAGGCAGUCGGUCCAGGAGUCGUUCUCAGAGCAGAGGGAGGUCGUCGUCUCGCUCCAGCUCUCGCUCUUCAAAGUCCUCCAGGUCACAGUCCCACUCAUCGCGCUCCCGCUCCCGCAGCCGCUCAGGCUCCUACUCACGAUCCAGAUCCAGGAGCAGAUCCAGGUCGUCUCGGAGUCACUCUCGCUCCAGGUCCAGAUCACGUUCGCCCUCAAAGAGACGCCGUGGAGCCAAAUCUCGUAGCUCCUCCCCUCGCUCCACAACAGCAGUGGCUGCUGCUGCUGCUGGUUCUGCUGCUCCGUCUCCGUCUAAAGUGGUCCCAGAUACCAGGUUAGGUGAGGAGAACAAGGGACAUCAGCUGCUGAUGAAGAUGGGCUGGAGUGGUUCUGGUGGCCUCGGGGCUAAAGAGCAGGGCAUCCAGGACCCAAUCAAAGGAGGAGACAUCAGGGACAAAUGGGACCAGUAUAAGGGCGUGGGUGUGUCGUUGGACGACCCUUACGAGAACUAUCGCAGGAACAAGAGCUACAACUUUGUCGCUCGCAUGAAGGCACGAGAGGAAGUGAAUCGUGAACCCCCGGAGGCUCCGCCAGCAGAGUGAAACCUCGACAACCUUCUCGUCUUCUCCAUCACCUACUGGGUGUCAGAUCCAUCGUCGUCGUCCAACCGUUCUCGUUCUGCAGACCCAGUUUCACUAAACACACAUCGAGUACCAAUCCCCCCACGCUCUCGUGAAGCUUGUGUUGGAUGAGCGUCUCCUCAGAGAACUGGACUGUGAUUUUUUUAAUUCAACAGUCUUUGCAGGGAGACUCGAGCGACUUAUCAAAAGCAUUUCAACCCCCCGUGUUCCAUAUUUGAGUGUGAUCGUCGUCAGCGCGUCGACCGGAGGUGAUUGGAAACUGUGUCUCCACACUAACGCAGCCACAGAGGACACAUUUAAGAAACAGAUAACUUUACCUUCUGCAUACGCUCAACAGCCCGAACAGAGGAGUUAUUUUAAUUUGAGCUUUUACAGUUUUUGUCAUUCCUCUCAAUUUACGUCACCCAAAUCUGUUUGGUCCUUAAUCUCCAAUAAAAAUGGUUUUCAUUGAAAAAUGAUAAUGAAAAAAAACAUUUUAAAGUAAUUGUGUGAACACAAAACCUUUCAUGACGUAUUUUGUCUUCUACACACACAGAUAAUGUCAAGUCUUAGUUGUAGAAUCAAAAUAAAUCACAUCAAACAAAACGUCCUUGAUAAGAAA